UGAGAGAUCAAUUUUGCAGAGAUUCUGGUUAUGCACACGGAUGAGGCGUAAAUCAAUUUGACACCUUCUUAUAUCGUCUCGCCACGCUCUCCCGCCUGCCAAAAUUGCCCUGUCGGCGUGAAUUAAUUCAACAACCUAGCACUGGAAUUUACCGAAACACUGUGAUUACGAUGUCUCUCACAAGUACAAUGACCCCCGCAGCGAGCUGGGACAUUAGCAACAGGGAUAGAUCAUUUGCACCGCACUAUACGCAUCGUGUGAAGCAUAAUUCAGCCACUGCUACAGGCCCGAAAAUCCGCGCGGCAAAGGGAAGAAAUUCGUCGAAACAACUUCAACAACUGGAAAUUCUCUAUAAUGAAGCAAAAAAUCUAUUCCAUCAAUCGACAUUAUCGCGAUCGUUCCAAAUCAUGCUGCAAGCCAAAAGCCGUCCGAGGGUGACCAAAGUGGUAUCUUUGGGUCUUGGUAGUCUUGGACCAUCCAAGGACCAAACACGCCGCAUUAAGCAACUCGUCAUAUUCCUUAAUAUCGCUUCGUAUCUAGACGCGUCCUCAAGCGAAAAUGACGCAGUUGCGCUUUAUGCUCAAGAUCCAAACUUCACAAAGACAGACGAAGAGUUCCUCGGAAGCCUCGGCAUCCGGGUACUCAAGACACCCUCCGCAUCCGAUCUUGGAGAGGCAGGCAGCAUGAUUGAUGGAGAAACAAUUGUCUACAGUCCGUUUCUGACUAUUGACGCAUACAUACAAUUGUUUGCACCUCUGUCAGCUAAAUCAAUGGGUGUGUCCGGUCCAGACGCUGUUCUGCCUGCAUUAAUCGGCGACGACUUUAAUGCUUUAAAGAUGAAGUGGGAGAAGCGCACAGCAGAACACAGACAAGUCGACGAAAUAAUGAAGGAAAUCAAGGCCAGGGACUACUAGCGACGAGCAGUUGGUGGUGGAGGGUUUUGGGAGGAUGCAGAUAGUCCUUUUCCUAUGGCAUUUUAUUGGAGGCAGUCAUCUGCUGGACAGAGAGUCCUCGCAGGUGAUCAAAGAACGAAGGUGGUCGCUAAGCCAAGGAGGCAGAAGCUUUAAUGGACGUCCACGGAGGAACGAAAACAGAUCCGAGAACCGGAGACAACAAAGCGAGGAUUGAUGGUCAUAGAUUCUGAGCGAUUUUGGGCAUAGAACAGCAUUGGCGUUGGACAGGCACACGAAACAUGAUAGAAUAAUUUUCAGCACGUUGGAUCCUCC